AAGAAGCAGAUUUUCUUUACUGUUGACUUUUACCCCAAUUACCGUUGGGUAAAAAAAAAGAAGCGAUUUUCCAGAAAGUUAAAAAGUCAUUACAACUUUUCAGUUUUCACUCACAACACUCUCCUUCUCAACACACUUUUUCUCCGUUCGAUCCCUCGCCGGCCGGCGAUGAAGAAACGGAGAGUUCCAGAGAUUCUAUGGAGGCUGUUUCACAACCGUGCACGUACUCUGGGAGCGACAAUCUUAUCUCUAAUUCCUCUAAAAUCAUCGACGAAUUGCCAAUGCAAGGGUCGCCGGUGCCUCGGAUGUGAUGGAGAAUAUGGCGCCAUUUCGUUUCUUCUUAAGGAAAACGAUCCAGAUGAUUAUCGGAAGCUUCUCAACCAGUGCUUCAUUGUCGUCUCCGAUCAAGCACCUCCUCUACAUGGCUAUGAUCCUGACUGCCGCUGGGCACAUCUUGAGCUUGUUAGAAAGACAAUUGAAAUGACAAUAAGUGAGCAAUGCAGCAGUUCCAACGUUAUAAGUUUUGGUUAUGAUAAGAUGAGCCGGUGUAGUGACAUAGUAGAGGCUCUAACAUCACCAUCGUGGAGCCUUCUCCUAACAAGGAUUGGGGAUGUUCUCAUGGUUUAUUUACUAAAGAACACUUCAAUAUUUUUGUGGCUCCCUCGAAACAAACAUCAUCAGGUGGCAGGAUUUCCGAUCAGUGACUUAUGCCUAAAAUCUCAAGUGCACAUAUCUGUCACUACCUAUAAGCCUUCACUACUUCAUCCUGAAUCUAGGAAAAAGAGAAGUGUAGACGAAGUUUACUCAUCAGCAAGGAAAGAAAUGGGCAUUAGGAAAAUAUAUGAGAUGGAGAAGUUAUCUACAGAAACUACAGUAUCUGCUGAAGUUAAUUCCGCUUGUUGUGAAGUGCUUCCAUCUAGGGAAGGACAAUGUUACUCUAAUAGACAUACUCCAUCGCGUGGAAAGCGUAAAAGACUGUCUAAAUGGCUGCGUCAAAGGAAGCUUAGGCAGUUGAAGGCUCAAGGAACACAUUCUAAGGACGAGUGGUUGGGAGACGUGAAGUGUGAUGUAAUCUUAAAUUCAAGACCUCCUCUUGAAAAGACAAAUGCUUGGUGCUCGUGUUGUUCGGUCUUUGACCCUCUUUCAGAGGUCAAAAAGGAAAUUCUAAUCGACAGGCGAACCAUGCUCUACAAGUUGGAUAGUUGUUCAUCAGUAUUCCCAUCCGAGCACAUCUUGUAUUCCUUGAAGCCAAACUCUUCUGGAGCAAAUGAACUCUUCAAGGAAAUUUUUGGAUCCCUAGGUGUUAAUGUCUCUACUGAGGUAGCUCCUUGCGUGCACAGAAGCAACUGUAAUCUCAUUCCAUCCUCGUGUCUAUACCAUUCAAUUAUUAAGUUGCUGAAAUCUCUCAUCCGCAAAGCUCACCAGUGCCAACACUUAAGGCUGUUGGAAGAACACUGUUCUGCUCCAUCAUUGGACCAAGACACCAAAAAUAUUGCUGCAACUAUCUUGAAGGGAAACAAAUCUGAGGCAAGUAUAUUUCCAAAUGAUUGUCCAGAAAAUGGAUUGGCACACUCUUACUUCAAGUCUGAAAGUUGCAAUAUUACUUCAGAAUCACAAUCCUCUCUUGUGGAGCCAACCAAGUGUUUUUGUAUGAAGAAGCAAGUUGUAUCAUUUGUUUGGGCUGCUUGUCGAAAUAUAGUGCCCAUAGAUUUGCUGGGGACUCCUUCUAAUUGGAGAGUUCUAACGAAUAAUAUUUACAAGCUUGUUAAGCUACGAAGGUUUGAGAAAUUCAUGUCCAAGCAGUGCAUGAGGAAAGUUAAACUAUCUAGUUAUCCUCUACUAUCAGAUGAGAACUCCCUUUUAUUGAAACAUAAAUUACUAGAACACUGGAUAUUUUGGUUGUUUUCUUCUUUUAUUGUGCCACUGAUUCAAGCCAACUUUUAUGCAACUGAAGCUGAGCAUGAGAAACAAGAUAUAUUAUAUUACCGCAAGCCGACCUGGAAGAAUCUUAUUUCCAAAGCCGUGACUUGCGUAAGGGAUCAAGGGUAUAAAGAAUUAACUGCUGAAUCUGUCAGCAAUAUAAUAAGGACUAGGUCAUUUGGCUUCUCAAAAGUUCGACUAGUUCCAAAAAGAAGGGGGUUAAGAAUGCUUGCAAAUCUUAAAGCAUCCCUACACUUGCCAGUGAGUCAUCCUUGUCGACCCAGAGGUUGGAGAAAAGUAGGCGCUGGUAAAAAUUGCAAACACCACAAUUACAAGUCUGUUAAUGGAGUCCUCAAAGAUUUGCAUUUAGUGCUCAAACAUGUAGUAGCAAAAGAACCAGAGAGGUUGGGUUCAUCUGUAUUUGGCUACAAUGAUGUGUAUAAAAGGCUUAUCCCUUUCUUAUCAAAUCUGAAGAGUGGGUUUUCUGUCAAAUCUGGAGUAUUCAUCGUUGUAUCAGAUGUUGAAAGAGCUUUUGACUCUGUAGACCAAGAUAAGCUACUAAGUGUGCUGGAUGAUCUCAAUUUGGAGGACGAAUAUUUUUUCAGCCGAGUUGUUCAAGUUGUGUGCACUAAGAAGUCUCUGAGGAUACCAGAAAACUGGACAUUAGGGAGUAAAGAGAAUAUCCCUGGUCCUGCCAAUGUCAGGUCUUUUCUUCCCACUCACUUGUUGCAUGGCAUUCUUGUAAAGCAACAGGUUAAAGGCAGAAAAGUAAGAAAAGAACAGCUUCAAAAUGAUUUGAAGGAGCACAUAAAGCGCAAUGUACUGCAGUUAGGUAUCAAGUUUUUCUUGCAAUCUGUCGGUAUACCUCAAGGAAGUGUUUUGUCCUCUCUGCUCUGCUCGUUGUAUUAUGGUCAUCUUGAGAAUUCAGUGAUAUUUCCAUUUCUUGAGAAAGCUUGUAUACCUGCCCCUGGAUUUCCUUCAAAGGAACCUUUCCUUGAUGAUACAGCUGCAAGAUAUGAUCAUCUUGUGGCAUGUAAACCUAUCAGUCUGUUGCUUAGGCUUAUUGAUGACUUGCUUUUCAUCUCAACCUCAAAGGAACAGGCUUCUAAGUUAUUGUCCCGGUUGCAGAGAGGGUUUCGUGCCUACAACUGCAACAUGAAUGAACAAAAAUUUGGAACGAACUUUCAGAUGAAUAUUAUACCAGGUUUGGGAUCGGAUAGAUUAUAUGUGGUUGAAGAUGGAACUUCGUUUCUUCGAUGGAGUGGACUAUUUAUCAACUGCUCAACCUUGGAAAUUCAGGCAGAUUACACAAGGUACUUGAAUUCCCCGCUAAGUUCAACCCUCACUGUUGGCUGGCUAAAUAAACCAGGACGUAACUUUAAGGCUAGGUUGUGCAGUUAUCUUAGACCGAAAUGCCAUCCUAUAUUCUAUGAUUCUAACAUAAACUCAGCAGUAGUGGUCAGACUCAACAUUUAUCAAGCUUUUCUUCUCUGUGCCAUGAAGUUCCACUGCUACCUCUAUGAUUUAUCAUGCUUGUAUAGAUUCAGCACCAAAUUUUAUGUAGAUGCUUUGGAAAAAUCAUUGAGGUAUAUGAAAAGGCUCAUCAAGAGGAGGAUGUAUUCGUUCAAAUCUGGUUCAGAUUUUCGUCCAGUUCUUGAAGUGGAGAAAGGGGAAAUUGAAUGGCUUGGAUUAACUGCUUAUAAACAAGUGUUGAAGAGAAAACCAGCAUGGUAUAACGAGUUGUUACAUGUAAUAGAGGCUAAGCUCAAGGCACUUGGUUACCUUAACCUAGUUCGAAGUAGAGCAUCAGUAUUGCAACAUGCCACAGAUAUCAAGCGUUCCUCCAUACUAUGGAAGAUUAAAUAUUGACGACACAAGGCUGUAAAUUUUCCAUUAUGUGUGAUUGGAAAAGAAGGCUGUAAAUUUUCCAUAGCCUUUUAAAAUGAGCUUCAUAUGAAAAACUAAAACAUGUUUUGUUCCUCAUACUUGGUAACCUAUUUUAUUCCAACUGUUAUGCAGGUAUUUAAAGUGACACUAUUGGUACUCAUAUUUACGUUCAUUAAA